GAGGCCGGGCGGGGGUCGAGGGCUCCGGUCCCCCCCUCCGGAGCCGCUCCGCACGGUUUCUGCAAACGUGUGAAUGAACCAGAUACCAGACUCUGCCCCUGGGUGCCCUGUCUGAGGAGGCAUCUGCCCACCCACCUGCCACUGGCAUGCUCCACCAGCCUUCAGUCUGAGCUUGGCGGCCCCCGCCCCCACUCCCCGCCACCCUGCACUGCCCCGGCUCUCCCGAGGCCCCCACGCUGCAGUGUGGCCGGGCCCCCUCCCCACAGGGGCCACCCCUGCCGCCUGCCCCUGGUGCCCGGGGUGGUGGUGGCGGCGGCCCGGCCCGCAGGGCCAUGAAGCUUCAAGCUGUGAUGGAAACGCUCUUACAGCGACAGCAAAGAGCUCGCCAAGAGCUGGAGGCCCGGCAGCCUCCACCAGCCCAAUCUCCCUCCACUGGACCCCCGGCCCGAGCCCGGGCCACCCCAGAUGAGGACAGAGAGCCCGAGAAUGCCCGAAUGCAGCGGACACAGAUGGCUGCUCUGGCUGCGAUGCGGGCAGCUGCUGCAGGCCUGGGGCAUCCGUCCAGCCCCGGUGGCUUGGAGGACGGCCCCCCAGGCUCAGAGGAUGAGGACAUGACCCAAGAGGGGGCUCCAGGUUCCCCAGACCUGCCUGGCCGAGGCAGGGAGGGGCCAGGACACACAGAAGGAGACAGUCGCUUCGAGGAUGUGGGAUCAGAUGAUGAAGAAUUAAAGCCAAAGUGGGAGGAGGAAGAACUUGAGGAAGACCUGGGUGAGGAGGAUGAGGAUGAAGAGGAUGACUACGAGGAUGAGGAGGAUGAGGACGAGGAAGGACUGGGCCCCCCAGGCCCUGCUGGCCUGGGCUCUGCCGGCCUGUUUCCCCGCAAGGCCCAGCUGGCCCAGACCUUCCGUGGAGAUGGUGUAACGAGGGUGCUGGGUGGCCCGGAGCGGCCAGGGCCUGGCACUGCCCUUCCUGGAGGCGCUGCCCAUGUUGUACCCCAACUGCAGCCGCCGGACCACGGGGACUGGACGUACGAGGAACAGUUCAAGCAGCUCUAUGAACUUGAUGGGGACCCCAAGAGGAAGGAGUUUCUGGAUGAUUUGUUCAGCUUCAUGCAGAAGCGAGGCACGCCCGUCAACCGGAUCCCCAUCAUGGCCAAGCAGGUGCUGGACCUGUUCAUGUUGUAUGUGCUGGUGACAGAGAAGGGCGGCCUUGUGGAAGUUAUCAACAAGAAGCUGUGGCGGGAGAUCACCAAAGGCCUCAACCUCCCUACCUCCAUCACCAGCGCUGCCUUCACCCUGCGCACGCAGUAUAUGAAGUAUCUAUACCCCUAUGAGUGUGAGAGGCGGGGCCUGAGUAGCCCCAACGAGCUACAGGCCGCCAUCGACAGCAACCGAAGGGAGGGUCGGCGCCAGAGCUUUGGAGGCUCACUCUUCGCCUAUUCGCCCGGUGGGGCCCAUAGCAUGCUGUCCUCACCCAAGAUUCCUGUGCCCUCCCUAGGUCUGGCUGCCAGCACCAAUGGCAGCUCCAUCACCCCAGCCCCCAAGAUCAAGAAAGAGGAGGAUUCAGCCCUUCCUAUCACAGUCCCGGGCCGCUUGCCUGUGUCCCUGGCAGGCCACCCCGUGGUGGCAGCUCAAGCAGCUGCUGUGCAAGCAGCAGCAGCCCAAGCAGCCGUGGCAGCCCAGGCCGCCGCCCUCGAGCAACUUCGGGAGAAACUGGAGUCUGGGGAGCCUCCUGAAAAGAAGAUGGCCCUGGUGGCAGAUGAACACCAGCGGCUCAUGCAGCGAGCCUUACAGCAGAACUUCCUGGCCAUGACAGCCCAGCUGCCCAUGAGCAUCCGUAUCAACAGCCAAGCAGCCUCUGAGAACCGCCAGGACUCUGCCAUGAGCCUGACCAGCACCAACGGCAGCAACAGUAUUAGCAUGUCGGUGGAAAUCAAUGGUAUCAUGUACACAGGAGUGCUCUUUGCCCAGCCACCGGCCCCCACACCCCCCUCAGCAGCCAGCAAAGGUGGUGGCAGUGGGGGUACAGGUAACAACAACAACACUGGCAACAGAGGAGGAGCCAGCGGAAUCAGCAGCAACAGUGGGGGCAGCCAGGCGGGGCCCACGGGGCUGUCUGCGCCGCCCCCCACAUCCUCUACCUCAAAUAACGCCUUGCCUUAAUUUACCACAUCGCAUUGCUGCCCACCCACAAUAGCUCCUUGGAAUCGCCCACGCCUCCUCCCCUCCCCCCUGCAGGAGGUGCCAAGCUCUUCCCCCCUCACAGGGUAGGGGGUCCUGGCAGCCAACCAUGGCAGGGGCCAGAAAGGCGAAAAUGCGGGUGGGGGAGGGUAGAGAUCCACAAUGGUGCCACAUUAACGCCAAAAAAAAAAAGAAAAGAAAGAAAGAAAAAGAAAGGAAAAAAAAGGAGAGGAAAAAAUAUAGAUAUAUAUACAUACAUACAUAUAUAUAUAAAUAUAAAUAUAAAGCAAAUUUAAUAAAACAGGGGAAAACCAAGGAACACUUGAAUUUGUAAGGUUUUGGACAUUCAGAAAAAUGGAUUGUGAGGACCACCACAAGAUAGGCGUGCCCCCCCUCCCCGGGAGGCGGGGUCUUACCCUGGGGUCCAAGUCAACCUAUUUAUUACCUCAUGCAUUGCUGUAGUGUGCAGUUCUCAGUUCGGCUGGGUUUUUAUUAUUUUUAUUUUAUCUUAUUUUUAUUCAUCACACAUUCACACCAGCUCCUUCCUUGGGUUGAAGGAAACCCCUGAGCCAUCGUCACAAAAAAAAAACUUUUUCUUUUUUUUUUUUUCUGUUGCUUUAGGAACUAUGAAUUUUCUUUUUCUCUAAAAAAAA